CUCCUCCUGCCGGCCCGCGCCCGCAUGUACAACAUGAUGGAGACGGAGCUGAAGCCGCCGGGCCCGCAGCAAACUUCGGGGGGCGGCGGCGGCGGCGGCGGCGGCGGCAACUCCACCGCGGCGGCGGCGGGCGGCAACCAGAAGAACAGCCCGGACCGCGUCAAGCGGCCCAUGAACGCCUUCAUGGUGUGGUCCCGCGGGCAGCGGCGCAAGAUGGCCCAAGAGAACCCCAAGAUGCACAACUCGGAAAUCAGCAAGCGCCUGGGCGCCGAGUGGAAACUUUUGUCGGAGACGGAGAAGCGGCCGUUCAUCGACGAGGCCAAGCGGCUGCGAGCGCUGCACAUGAAGGAGCACCCGGAUUAUAAAUACCGGCCCCGGCGGAAAACCAAGACGCUCAUGAAGAAGGAUAAGUACACGCUGCCGGGAGGGCUGCUCGCCCCGGGCGGCAACAGCAUGGCGAGCGGGGUCGGGGUGGGCGCCGGCCUCGGCGCGGGCGUGAACCAGCGCAUGGACAGCUACGCGCACAUGAACGGCUGGAGCAACGGCAGCUACAGCAUGAUGCAGGACCAGCUGGGCUAUCCGCAGCACCCGGGCCUCAACGCGCACGGCGCCGCUCAGAUGCAGCCCAUGCACCGCUACGACGUGAGCGCCCUGCAGUACAACUCCAUGACCAGCUCGCAGACCUACAUGAACGGCUCGCCGACCUACAGCAUGUCCUAUUCGCAGCAGGGCACCCCUGGCAUGGCUCUUGGCUCCAUGGGCUCGGUGGUCAAGUCCGAGGCCAGCUCCAGCCCCCCCGUGGUUACCUCUUCUUCCCACUCCAGGGCGCCCUGCCAGGCCGGGGACCUCCGGGACAUGAUCAGCAUGUACCUCCCCGGCGCCGAGGUGCCGGAGCCCGCCGCCCCCAGCAGACUUCACAUGUCGCAGCACUACCAGAGCGGCCCGGUGCCCGGCACGGCCAUUAACGGCACACUGCCCCUCUCGCACAUGUGA